AUGGCUGACUAUAAGCUAUAUCCCCAGACUACUCCAGUCAAGAAGACGCAACCGCCACCAUAUAAUAGAAGGCAGAUGUCCGACAUAGUCACCCGCACCGACUACCUUACACCCCAAAAAGCCUUCAGCGUUGAUCGCUUGAACAAGCCUCCCUCAUUCGCUGCUAUCCUGGAGAACAAGACGCUUCAAGGUCUUGUGAAGCAGUUCAGCUCGAGCACAACCACGAGCUACGGUUUGGUCGUCAAGCUGCUGAACUGUGCAAGCUCUCUCAUACACAAGAGAUGGGCCAAAGAUAAGGAGCUGUUGGCCUUCCGCGACAACCAUACGCGCUCGCCGACGAAUCAUCCAAACGACAGCAGAGCCGGGGAACCAGACAUCGUCACUAUCCUGGAUCUCAUCAACAAACUCAUCGAAAAGGACAAAACGAAGCGUAUUCCGUGGCACCACGUGUUGUCCACCAUCGAAGAAAAAGGAGAAGCGGAUAGCGACGACGGCCCGGCUCAAUCUGCCGCUUACCUGGCCUUCGCUAACCAAUGCCGGCCUGACUUGGUUGGCAUGUACGGGAUGGCCAUCUCGCCCAAGGGGUACAUCGUUCAAUACAGCUGCCCUGCUGGCCUCCAGACGUCCGAGGAAUUCAACUGGGUCGACAUCACUCCCCUGCUAUCGUAUGUUUACACGCUAUAUAUCCCUCGCGAGGACUUUGCCUCUCGCGAUCCGAGCAUCACUCUAGCUGACAGCGAUGAUACGUUUGGAGCUCCCGCUUGGAACAUCCGCGACGGUGACAAGGUCUAUGAAAACUGCGCCGUCAAAGUCGUCGGAGACCCAUGGCGACGAAUGACUUGGGUAGCAAGGGUCGGCACGUCGCCGAUUACGAUCAAGGACUCGUACCGCGACGCUCAUGCGAGCUUCAGAGAAGGCGAGCUUUACGACAUCCUCCAUAGAGAAGGGCCCGCUCCUGGAUUCUUGCGAAUCAAGAAAGAAUACGAGGUUCGAUGCGAACGGGGUCGUCCCAUUACUGUUACCGUUGGCAGCACCACGCGAAUCAAGACUCGACUCAUCAUGCAUACGUGGGGGGAGUCUCUGCGUAAAUGCCCCAGCCUGAUCGAUUUUGCUAAAUCGAUGUAUGACAUCCUCGAAGCUCAUCGCUGGGCGGUGCUGGAGCGUAAUAUUAUCCAUCGUGAUAUUAGUCAUGGUAAUAUCUUCGUUCAAGCUGAAGACUUCAAGGAGGAAAAUGAAAAGGAGUUCGCCGGGAAGGAAUCCAGGCCAAUAUUCGUCAAUGAGAUUGUAGAGAACGUGAAAAAUGCCGACCCGAUGGCUCGUCUCGGAGAUAUGGACAACGCAGCGGAGCUCAAUCGAGACAAGGCGGUAUCACCCUCGUUCGUCGCAAGGAAAAAGAAAACGAGUAUGAAUAAUGAACCCCUGCGUUUUCGGACGGGAACGCCAAAAUUCAUCGCUCGCUCGCCUGCUGUUGGCCGCUUGCUCGUCACCAACGUCGAUUUCCGUGCCAUGCCGGAACUCCCCAACCACCUUGCCGAGAAAUACUUCGAAACAUACGCAAACGAUCGAUCAGGAUUGCGAACAUUUGUUGACGAUGAUUUCACCAAUCACGGAGGGAUGUAUAGCUCCCGAAAGAACGUGAAGAAGUACGAGGAUAACCCCGACCUAGUAGUCGAAGAGUUUGAGCAUCAUCCUCGACACGAUGCAGAAUCCGUCUUUUGGUGCAUGGUCGUAUUUCUCCUCGUCGCCGUGCCUUUGGGAAGCCCAGAUGAAGUGAUCCCCAAAGAUACAGACAAAUUCUCACUCUUCUGCGCUUGGAGACAUAUUGCUAAUCAUCAGGUUGGCCCUACGCAAGAUAUUUGCGAUAGCAGGGCGGGUCUGCUCGCUGGAGGCAAACUGUGGAAUGAGUGGUUGCAUCCCGACCUCGCUCAUGCUGGACCGCUUCUCGCGUCGUUGGCGUCUCAGGUAUCUCCCGAAUGGAGUCUAUUGAGCCCGCAACCCCGCGACCUUCACCUCCACAAAGCGAUGCAGCGUAUCAUCCUCACGCAUAUCGAUUUAUGGCAGAAGAAUAAACUCGACGUCAAGUUUGAUACUGGGAGAGUCCGUCCGACGAUCCCCCCGGACAACCGCACGGUGCCCCAAGUGUGCAUAACCCCAAGCAUUGAUGGGCAGCACAUCGCCGCUGGCGCGCUUAGAAAUAAGCGGGGAUCACAGAACAUCGAGCAGAAAGAGGACUCCCAAGCAAAGAGGAGACGAACGACAAGAGCAGAGGCCAAGGCAUUAGGCUCUCAAAGCCUCCCUCCUACACCACCUCUGGCGACAACACCCCGCCGUUUCCCUCGUUUUCAUGCUCAUGAAGUCGACAGAAUCCUCCCUCCAACGCCAGGUUCGGCCUCCACCUCUCUGACUUCGGACUGGCCUCCGCUUGAUGCCAAUGUAUUCUACACUGCUACCAAAGACAAGGCUUGA